AUGUCUUCGAUCGCUGCUAUGGCUUCCCGCCGGGCUUUUGCCCGUCAGUCCAUCCUCCGCGCUCCUCCGCGCCGCUUCUACAGUGCCUCCAAGAUGGAGGAGGCCGACCUCGAGAAGGCCCCCAAACGUGACCCCGAGCUCUACGUCCUCCUCGGUGUCAUGUCCGGUGCUUUCCUGAUCGCUGGAUGGUACUUCGGCCGCAAGCCCACUUCUGUCACCUCCGAGAGCAACGUCCGCAUCGGCCAGAGCGCUAUGCCUUGGCAUGCUGCUGAGGAGGACGGUAAGGUCUGCAAGUACCAGUACCAUCCUCACGGUGACACCUCCCAGCCUCUCCGGAACGCUCCCAGCGCCAUGAACACCGUCAUCGUUCCCAAGGUCACUCUUCCUGAGGACCUUCACGAGCGCUUCAACAAGCUCGGCAAGGAGGAGUGGGACUACUAG